AUGCCUUUCUCCCUCCAGGAGAUGCUCUCCUCCGCUCCCCACCCCACUCCCCUCCGCCAAGAGCCCAAAGCUCCUUGUUUUUCUGAGCCUGCGUGCGGCUCCAGACCCCCGGGGUCCGAUCCCCGCCUGGGCUUGGGGACGGACCGCGCAGAGCGAGGUGGCAGCAGGCAGGGCGUGCGGCCAGGUACACCCCUCCUCCCGCCGGCCCUCUCCCCACCCUCCGCGGCGCCGCCUCCCCCGCCGCCUGCCGGCGCUGGCCCAGAGCCGCCCAGGCAGCCAGCGAGCGAGCGGAGCGCUCUGGGAUGGGACUCGGAGGAAGCGGCGAAAGAGGAGACAGCGGCAGCACCUCGGGCUUCUUCCUCGGCUCCCACGAGCGAUUCCCGAGGAGAGCCGUGGCUCUCGGAGCGGCGAGGAGGCCAGCGACGAAGAGCCGGGAGUCUGCGCCCCUGUCUCGCUUCCCAGGCGCCGGCGGUGGCUGCAGGUGAGCGGGGCGCGCUCUCCCCGGGGCCCUGCCUGGCCCCGCAGCCCCGAGGCGCAGACAGACAGACGGACAGACAGAGCUUGGGCACCCACGCACGCGGGCGCGCCCAAAGGCCCGCGCCCCGGCCCGUGUGCCCCCGCGCGGUCCCUCCCGUCGGACGCCCCCUCCCGCCCUGGGCCCCUGGCUCCCGACCCCUCGGGGCAGAGGGCGAGAGGGAGGGCGGCGCUGCGGGACCCCCCGGCCGGGGCCAGUUGGGCCGCCCUGGCCGGGCGAGCUCCGCGAGCUCCCUGAGCCCGGCGCAGCGCGUGGCAGCCAUCCCGCAGCGCCCCGUGGGGGCGCUGUGCCCCGCCGCGGGGCCGCCCAGACCUGGCCUCCACCGACCCCGGGAAAGGGAGACUUGUUGA